AUGCCAAACACCGGAAGACCUAGCCGGGGUUGUCACUUAUGCCGGCAGAGGCGAGUCAAGUGCGACCUCGGACGGCCCGGCUGCCAGCGGUGUACCAAGUACGGCGCCGAAUGUCCGGGAUACAGAGAUCAACAUGAGUUGGUGUUCCGCCAUGCCAACCCGUCAACUGCCAAGAAGCGCAUGAGGCGAAAGGACAAAGAUGCCGACGGUUCCCAGCGCUCGUCAUCGGCCGGCACCAGAUCAGGCACGCCUGCUUCAAUUUUGAGCAGCAGCGGUGGAGGCACCGUCGUCUUUGAUCCAAAAGCAGAACUGCUAUCAUUGUCAGCCGACGCCGUCUCGGAAACACCAGCGACGAUUUCGCGACCCUUGACGGAGCAUUGGACGAGCCAUUCCGUCCCGAUGCUCCUCAACGUCUACUCGACGCUCGACUUCCUCCACAACAUCUACCGAAUCAAUCCUCGGGACGGACCGUUGGUCUGGGCUGCCCACCUCUUCACCCGGACCUACGUGACAAACAUUCGACACCCGGUUUCGAUAUUCAAGGAGUCGGAAGUGGAAAACCAGCGCGAGCUGGGCACGUAUCUAGGGAGGACCCUGAGUGCAGUCAACAGGACUCUCGAGGACCCCGACGCCGCAUUUCGAGACGACGUGCUUGCGACUGUUUGGAUCCUGGCAAAUUAUGAGCUACUCGUGGGCUCACUUGGUCGCAUGGAGCUUCUCAGCCCGUGGCAUCUACACACAAGAGGGUUGUACAGUAUACUCAAGGCCAGAGGAUCCCAGCAUCUUUUGACGGCGCAGGGGCGGACGGCGUUUUGGCCGUGCUACAACAUGGUGGUAGGUCGACCACAUUUCUACGGAAGCGGAUCUGCAUCUCACAAAUCGCAGCAAGUUCAGGCCCUCGUCAGCAACACGGAAUGUCCACCAGAGUCGGAUGAAUGGCUGGACAUCAUAAGAAACAACCCUCACAAAGGCGAGGGUUUGACGUUGCAUGUGUCAGCCUUCAUCAUAGCAUGCACACGCGUUCAAGCUGCCAUCUCCGAUCUGCUGCGCCGUCGUGAUUUUGUGGCCGCGGACGAGCAGUACGAGUCCCUUGUGGCACAAUUGACGGAAGCCGAAGAGCAGGUCAACAACUACGUCGAGACGGCGGCCGAUGCGACCGACGACAUGGACUCUUACAUGCGCAACAUGUAUAACUCGGGAACUAUCAAGGGCUGGAGCUACGUCCUGAUGCUGGCUAACUUCCUGACACAUUAUCCACCUAGCAGGAUGAUGUUGCGCCAGCUUUGGGCACGACGUAGGCACUGCCUCGAAAUGAUUCGGGCUGCUGGUCAGUCCAUCGUCGAUAGUGUGCCGUUUGCCUUGGGGCCCCUAGCAGCCGGCAAGGACAGCUCGCCAAAAUUGCUAUUUGACGCUUUGAAGAUGGUCUGGCCGCUCACGGCUGUUUACGUCGUCGGAACCACCCUGCCGGAGCAGAAAAGUGAGGCCGAAAAGGCACUGGUUUUCAUCGGAAACGAGUUUGGAGUCAGACAGGCACUCAACACGUACCCGGGGGCGCUACUGUUUCCGCUCGAAGCGCGCCAGCCGCUCGGGCUGGCCACUGAGGCCGACGUUGCGCCGCCUUUGACGAACGGAUAG